AAGUGCAGAUGCUCAGCAUUCUUGAGCUUCUAUCUUAUCCACAAUAUCAUCUCACGUUUUCUUUGACAAAGUAUACUACUCACUACUGAAGCCAUUAGGAGAGAGGAAAACAGAUACAGAGACUUUCCUCCAUUAGAGCUACAAGGAUGCUGCAACAUCUAAAACUCGGACAAUCGCCUGCGCAGAUCCUACAUACCCGAAAAUCACCAUAUAUUCCCGAAAACCAGAGUGUAAAUGCUAGCCUUUCUCCUCUGAUUUCUAAACAAUGCAACAAGUUUUCACGCCGAGAGCUCACAAUCUUUACAAAUUCUUCUCUGCUCCUCUUGACCUCUCAGACUCUGCAUUCACAUCCUUUUUUGGAUGCGCGAGCAGAGGAAAUCCCACAACAGCUGAAAGCUGAGGUUGAGCAACAAGAACCUGAAGCAACUCCCACAGCAGAGGAAGUCCCACAACAGAACAAAGGUGAAGUUGAGCAACAAGAACCAGAGGCAACUCCCACAACAGAGGAAAUCCCACAACAGAACAAAGGUGAGGUUGAACAACAAGAACCCGAGGCAACUCCCACGGCAGAGGAAAUCCCACAACAGAACAAAGGUGAGGCUGAGCAACAAGAAGCUGAGUCAACUCCGAAUAAGACUUCUCAAAGCACCAAAGUAAAUCCAACUAAACAGGUGUUUCUUGAUGUGUCGAUUGAUGGGAAGCCGACAGGAAGGAUCAUUAUAAAAUUAUAUGAGCAAAAUGCGCCUGUUGGAGCUGCUACAUUUCGUGACAUUGUUAGUGGAAAAGCGGGCAUAAGUUAUAGAAGGAAAGAGUUUGUAAAGAUCAUGCCAAACUAUGUUCAACAUGGAGGAAUUAGAUCAUAUGGCGUGGAUGCUGAGCUUGCAAGCAGAACAGGAAGGAGCUUCAAGAACGAUAAGUUGGUUGAAGAAUUGGAGAGAGAGAAUGAAGAACGUCCUGGUACUAAGAACUUGGCUGGAACCGUGAGCAUCAUAGUGAGGGAUCCUUUAAAACCGCCGCCUAAAGUAAAGUUGGUUGCCAGAGAAGGGAAGCUUAAGAUUGAUCAGGAGGAGGUAGGGGUGGAGCCAAACGGCACAGAGUUCACCAUAGCAACAAAGGACUCCCCAGAGCUCGAUUCAUCAGCAUUGGUAAUUGGCAAAGUGAUUGAAGGAAUGGAUAUUGUGGAGAAGAUUGGUCAGGUCAAGACAGUGCAAGAAAACACUAGUUCUCCAUAUUUUAGGGUGGCGAAGUUGAUUGGUGACAAGAGAGCUGUAGUGGCUGAAAGGGGUUUCAACCGCCCUUACUCAAAAGUGAUAAUCAUGAAUUGUGGCCUGCUAGAAUGACAUCAGGAAUUCACUCAGAUCUCAUUCUUGUUCAUCAUUUUUGUCAGAGUAAAUGGAACAUAAUACAAUUUUGUUUCAAAAGUUCCAUUGCAAUUUUAUGUAACUGACCACUGACAUGGUCCCAUAAAUGACAGAAAACCAGAGACCA